AUGACGCUUCACCACUCGAAGCACCAUCAGACCUACAUCAACAACCUGAAUGCUGCGAACAAGGCUUUCGCCGAGGCCGAGAAGAACGGUGACCUCCGCAAGCAGAUUGAGCUACAGAGUGCCAUCAAGUUCAACGGUGGUAGCCACAUCAACCAUUCGCUCUUCUGGAAGAACAUGGCGCCUCAAAGUGAGGGCGGUGGUCAGCUGCACGAUGGUCCGUUGAAGCAGGCUAUCGAGAAAGAGUUUGGCGAUGUUGAGAAGUUCAAGACGAACUUCAACGCCACCUCGGCUGGCAUUCAGGGAUCAGGCUGGUGCUGGCUUGGUCUCAGCAAGGGUGGUCACCUUGAAAUUGUGACCACGAAAGACCAGGACCCUCUUGUGACGCACCACCCGAUCCUCGGUAGCGACAUUUGGGAACACUCGUGGUACUUGCAGUACAAGAACGACAAGGCCUCCUACUUCAAGCAAUGGUGGAAUGUUGUGAACUGGAAGGAGGCUGAGGCCCGCUACAAUGAGGCCAUCAAGAAGGCCUCGCUGUAG